AUGCUCUCGUCAACGAGGUGUUUGCUGCCCUACAAAAAGUUUCUUGACAAAAUUUUCAAAAAUAAUUUCUCUUCAGAAUUUUUGUGUUCGCUCCCCGACGAUUCCGGCACUUUUGCUGAAGGGGUUCCAGACAAGCCCAGAUUCGCCUGGAGUUCUCAAGUUAAUUCUUGUUGGCGUUUUUCUUAUUAUGGUGCUAAGGGGAAUUACAAUAACUUCCCUAAUUUUCAAGAAUGCGUGAAUUUUUGUGGAAAUGAAAAAUAAAUUUGAUGAUGGGAUCAAAUGUCACUCUUAAAAAAAUUUUUUUAAUUCGAUGCAAUCUUUUUAAUUUUUUAUUUUUAAAAAUUUUGUCAAAAAUAAAGUGUCAUUUUAAUUAUUAUUUGGAAGAUCAGUUGACUUAAAAGCCCUUCUUUCUAUUUUUAUUACCCCCUAAAGGCUUCCAGCUACUUCCACUACUACCAGCUACCUACCAGCUACACUGGCAAUCGAUAAAAGCUUUUUCUAAGCGUUUUCUUUUCUUUCUUGUUCGUGGCCAAAGCUUUCAGUAUAAUUUUAUGGCAUUCGCCUCCGCGCUAGAGUAAUAUAUCCUUCAUUUUUUACUUAUCCCUUACCAUG